AUGUCACUCUCCAGCCAGGACGCCCACGAGCUCUCCCAUAAUCAGUAUUUUAAGGAAGAAUUUGAAGAUGAUAUAAUUUUAACGCUGGUCCCGGCUACUGAGGAGGAGGAGGAGAUCACCGGACUACCAACAGAAUCAGUUUGGUCAACCAUGGAUCACAGGCCACCAGUUCCCCCUAUGACAUCUGAGGUUAGCAAACCGGAAGCAACAAAGCUAAAACCUCGCCACCCGUCUCUGCCGAGCAUCCUGCCUCCCAUAACAGAGGUGUCCCGGAACACACUGAGGGAAUGGUGUCGAUUUUGUAACUUGAGCACUGAUGGCAAGAAGGUGGAGGUCUACCUGAGACUCCAGCAGCACUCAUAUGCGGACCAACAAUGUGUGAGUAAUGGAUAUGGUGUUGGAGUGGGGCUUGUUCCCACAAACUCCCUUGAGGCCAAAAUGAAGCCAAAAUCUAAGAUGGUCAAAAAAGAACCUACCAAGAUAACCAUUAAAGGACUUAGGCCUCAGGAUACCGGCAUUGUGGAAGUCAUGACUCCAGGAAGGCAAUCCAUACUUGCUGCCUGGGGCAGAAUUACUAACAGAGCUACUCUGCCUAUGGUUGCCAAUCGCCAACCUCUUCCCUCCAAUGUGAAGGCCUUUCUGCCACCAGCCCCGGGAGUCAGGUGGUGUGUUGUGGAAGGCAAAGUGCUCCCUGCAAAUAAGACUGGCUGGGUGCGUCUGCAGAUGAAAACUGGUCAAACCUGGGUUCCAGACAGUCCCCAAAGAAUGAUCCUACUCUUUCUAUUACCAGCAUGUGUCUUACCAGAGCCAGGAGUAGAAGAUAACUUGUUGUGUCCAGAAUGUGUGGAAAGAAAUAGGAAAUUAAUGAGGAAUUUUAAGAGAGACAAACGCAACAAAAAGAAACACAAAAUUCUACCUUCAAAUUUGCCACCUUGA